CAGUUGAGCGCAGACAUGUUGAGGUUUCUGUUGCUGACCUCUCUCGCCGCCCUGGUGCUGGCUGAGCUGGAGCCACAGCCCAGGUUCUUGGAGGACGACGAAGCCGAGGAGAGAGUCGUUGGAGGCGAGGUGGCGAGACCCAACUCCUGGCCUUGGCAGAUCUCUCUUCAGUACAAAUCUGGCAGCAGCUUCUACCACACCUGCGGAGGAACUCUGAUCAAGAGAGGAUGGGUGAUGACAGCCGCUCACUGCGUCGACCGUUCCAGGACGUGGCGCGUGGUUCUGGGAGACCACAAUAUCAACAGCAACGAGGGCAGAGAGCAGUAUAUGAGCGUGAGUCGCGUCUACCUUCACCCCAGGUGGAACGCUAACAACGUCGCUGGAGGGUGGGACAUUGCUCUGCUGCGUCUGUCCUCUGAGGCUUCCCUCAACGAUUACGUCCAGCUGGGUGCCAUCCCCCCCUCUGGUCAGGUCCUGCCCCACAACAACCCCUGUUAUAUCACCGGAUGGGGACGCACCCAGACUGGAGGUCAGCUGUCCGCCCAGCUGAAGCAGGCCUCCCUCCCCGUGGUGGACCACAGGACAUGCUCCAGCUACGGAUGGUGGGGCAGCACGGUCAAGAAUUCCAUGGUCUGCGCCGGCGGAGGCAGCGAAUCCGGUUGCCAGGGCGACUCCGGCGGCCCCCUGAACUGCCGCGUGAACGGCAACUGGGUGGUGCACGGUGUGACCAGCUUCGUGUCGUCGUCCGGCUGUAACGCCUACAGGAAGCCCACCGUCUUCACCCGCGUGUCCGACUACAUCAGCUGGAUGAACAGCGUCAGUAUCCGACCCGAAUCUGUUGAGUGA